AUGAUAAAGAGUCAUUCUGUUGUGGCGCAGAUGGCUCAUCUUCACUUGUUGUUGGCCCUUUGUGGGACCAUCGCACUUGCCCAAGCGAGAUCCAGCAGCAAAAAAGACGGUAACUGUCCUAAAGGCUGGACUCAGUUGGACGAGUACUGUUACGUCUUCCAACAUGAUCCCAGGACCUUUUCAGAUGCAGAGAGCGUCUGCAAUAUUCUUGGCGGAAAUCUGGUAUCGAUCAACAGUCGCAAGGAAAACGCAAUCAUUGUGGAGCUGAUUCGGGAGGGGGCCGGUGCUGUCGUCGACACCUGGAUUGGAUUCCACGAUGCCAUUGAGGAAGAUGACUUCGUAUGGACCGAUGGUGAAGUUGUUAAUUUCAGAAACUUUGGUGCCAACCAGCCUGACAACGCAGAUGGAGUCGAAGACUGUGUUGAGAUUGAGGAAGACGACUCCUUGUGGGAUGAUGAUGAAUGCAGCGAAACCAACCCAUUUGUUUGCAUCAGAGCUGUGGACAAAAAAGAUUGCCACUGAUUAGACUUGUUACCUUUCAGUCUUUUUUGAUCAUGUCUUUCAACUUCGAGACAGUAUCUUUGCUAUCUUUCAAUGCUUACUAUCCAUCUGAUCAGCCAUUAAAUCUUCCAUCAUA